UUCCCGAUCCCGAUCCCAUGGAGCGGCCCCCGGGGCUGCGCCCGGGCCCCAGCGGGCCGUGGGAGAUGCGCGAGCGGCUGGGCACCGGCGGAUUCGGAAACGUCAGCCUCUACCAGCACAGGGACCUCGGCGACAAGAUAGCCAUUAAAGCUUGCCGCCAGGAGCUAAGUGCGAAGAACAAAGACCGGUGGUGCCAUGAAAUCCAGAUCAUGAAGAAACUGAACCACCCCAACGUCGUAACGGCCUGUGACGUUCCUGAAGAGAUGAACUUUCUGGUUAACGAUGUCCCCCUCCUUGCGAUGGAGUACUGCUCAGGAGGGGACCUGAGGAAGCUCCUCAACAAGACAGAAAAUUGCUGUGGACUUAAAGAGAGCCAAAUACUUUCUCUACUCAGUGAUAUAGGGUCUGGCAUUCAGUAUUUGCAUGAAAACAGAAUUAUCCACCGAGAUCUAAAGCCUGAAAACAUCGUUCUCCAGAAUGCUGAUGGGAAGGUAAUUCACAAAAUAAUCGACUUGGGAUAUGCCAAAGACCUUGAUCAAGGAAGUCUGUGUACAUCUUUCGUGGGGACUCUGCAGUAUCUGGCCCCUGAACUGUUUGAGAAUAAGCCUUACACAGCCACCGUGGAUUACUGGAGCUUUGGAACAAUGGUGUUUGAAGGAAUUGUGGGAUACAGACCUUUUCUGCAUCAUCUGCAGCCAUUUAUGUGGCAUGAGAAGAUUAAGAAGAAAGAUCCCAAGCACAUAUUUGCCAGUGAAGAGAUGUCGGGAGAAGUACGGUUCAGUAGCCAUUUACCUCAGCCCAACAGCCUCUGCCGCCUGAUAGUGGAGCCAAUGGAAAAUUGGUUGCAGUUGAUGCUGAACUGGGAUCCUCAGCAAAGAGGGGGAGGUAUCGACGUCAACACGAAGCGGCCGAGAUGUUUUCUACUGAUGGAUCAAAUUCUGCACUUGAAGAUUGUACACAUCCUAAAUAUGACUUCUGCGAAGAUCAUUUCUUUUCUGUUGCUGCCAGACGAAAGCCUCCAUUCCUUACAGUCACGCAUCGAGCAGGAAACCGGAAUAAGUACUGGGACCCAAGAGCUACUCUUGGAGAUGGGAAUUUCUCUGGAUCCCAGGAAACCUGCUUCUCAGUGUGUGAUAGAUGGAGUGAGAGGCUGGGAUAGCUACAUGGUUUACUUAUUCGAUAAAAGCAAGAUCGUCUACGAGGGGCCGUUUGCUUCCAGAAGUUUAUCCGACUGCGUCAAUUACAUCGUACAGGACAGCAAAAUCCAACUGCCGAUCACGCAGCUCCGGAAAGUGUGGGCCGAAGCGGUCCACUACGUGUCUGGACUGAAAGAAGAUUACAGUCGGCUCUUUCAGGGUCAGAGAGCAGCCAUGUUGAGUCUCCUCCGCUAUAACGCCAACUUAACAAAAAUGAAGAACACCAUGAUCUCGGCAUCUCAGCAACUGAAAGCUAAACUGCAGUUUUUUCAUCAGAGCAUUCAACUUGACCUGGAUAGAUACAGCGAUCAGAUGGCUUAUGGGAUAUCCUCGGAAAAAAUGCUGAAGGCCUGGAAGGAAAUGGAAGAAAAAGCCAUCCACUGUGCACAGGCCGGUGAUAUUGGCUACCUGGAUGAGCAGAUCAUGACCCUUCACACCGAAAUCGUGGAGCUCCAAAGAAGCCCGUAUGCGAGGCGGCAAGGAGACGUCAUGGAGACUUUGGAGCAAAAAGCUAUUGAUUUAUACAAGCAACUAAAGCACAGAUCUCCAGAUCACUCGUACAGCGACAGCACGGAGAUGGUGAAGAUCAUUGUGCAGACUGUGCAGAGCCAGGACCGAGUUCUCAAGGAGCUCUUUGGACACUUGAGCAAACUAUUGGGCUGCAAGCAGAAGAUCAUCGACCUCCUCCCCAAGGUCGAAGUGGCUCUCAAUAACAUCAAAGAGGCUGACAACACUGUCAUGCUAAUGCAGGGCAAACGGCAAAGGGAAAUCUGGCAUCUGUUGAAGAUCGCUUGCACUCAGAGUUCUGCUCGCUCCCUUGUAGGAUCUAGUCUCGAAAGCGCAGUGCCGCCUCCUACCCCGGCAUGGCUGCCCACAAGUGCCGCGGGAACCGUGCCCCAUCCUCUUUCUUCUCUGGUGACUCCUAAAGAUGGGGAAAGCUUUACACAAAUGAUAGCGGAAAACCUGAAUUAUCUCGGCUGCUUUAGCACCAUUAUCCGGGAGGCCAAAGAGGAGCAGGGCAAUAAUAGUAUGAUGAGUCUUGAUUGGAGUUGGCUGAAGUAACGACAGGCACCCGAUUGAACCCAGAUCCCCGAGGGCCCCAGGAGGUGAAGAUGGACUUUGAGAUUAGCCAGUCCCCGGUGCUGUGGGAUGGGCCGCCCCAGCCCCGGAAUGCCACCCCGCAGACCACCCCGGGUCGGAACCUGGAUCGCGGUGGCCGUCAAGAACAGCGGCUGGGUUUCUCGUUUGCUUAAAAGCCAUCUUCUCGUGCACCGUCAGUUCAGCCGUGACAGAGGCACAAUUCCUGUUAUUCGUGGUAUUCAUUAGGCACUCACCCUGCGCCGGAUGCCGGGGUGGUACAGUACAGUCGGAUCCGACAGUCCCUGUUUCUCGUGGGCCUCGUUUCCCUGCCCCCAGCGGGCAAGUCCCAGCCCAUCUUAUUCGAUGGGUCGGGGCUCCGAUGGAAAUACUGCAAUUAUUGUAAUUAUUAAUAUUAUUGUUAUUUAAUGAGAAAGGAUCGGAGUGGGGCUGUGUCAAUGUGAAACAUCGCAAGUUGCAUCCGGUCACGUGGUUACCGAGGAAGGUUCAGGGAGGCUGUCGUCGGCUGGCAGUCCGGGGCAUUCAGGCCGGCAGAAACGUGCCGGGUUGCGGAG